AUGCCAGCUGUAACAGACCGGAUACGGAGCUGUUGCGAUCAGUGUGCCCACUCCAAGAUCAAGUGCGACAGCAAGCGGCCAAUCUGCCUGAACUGCCGUCGCCGCGACCGCUCAUGCACAUAUAGCUAUGUUCGGCAGUCUGGCCGCCCACGUCGUAUCAGACCGGCUCAAGGCGAUGAGAUAGCUAACCAUGAAGCCCUUGAAAGGGUGGAGGAGGAUGGAAGACCCAUCAAAGCCGGCCAGUAUGGCGCUUCAUCGACCACUGCUGCACCAUCUUCGUCACCUGCUCUAGCAGUAGACCCAGCCCUUCCUAAUCCAGCGCAGACAGGCCUCUCCAUGGGUAUCGGCAAUACACUUCACCAUCAAACGCGUGAGGAUACCUUUAUGAGUAUCGAGCAAUCCCCGCCGACGGUUGACCAGAGCGCACCACUAUCGUCCCCAUCCACUGACAGCUCUCAACUCGAACAAGGGCUGCAGAACCUUCUUGACGAUUCUAAGAUAAGCAGCAUUGUCGAUGGUAUGAUGAAUUUACCACUACGAGACAGACGUCUCUCUUGCGUAACUGAAUCACACGACCAAUGUUUCCAUGCUACGGCAUAUGAUGCCUCUGACGAAGACCAGCUUUGUCGAUGUCCUACGAUACUGAAUAAACUCUAUCUCAUUGUCAUGGAUCCUAAACUAUCUCAACCAACCAGAGUACUUCCCUUCGACCUGAUCCUCUUUAUUGAACAGGCUUUGCAGGAUGCUGUUGAGCAGAUAAAGCACUGCAAAGCCUGUGGCAGCUCGACACUAUCUUCAGAGAACGGGAUUACACUUUGUGUUGUCGCGAAUUGGAUAGCCAACAGUAUCCAGAACGCGCUGGAAAGUGAGAUCGACAUGUCUAGGAAGCCGUCACAUUCUUUUUGGAGCAGCUCUGAGCGCCACACCAUAGAGAUGGGUGCGAUGAGGGAGCAGAAUCAUUGCAAUGCCACAAAGUCUAACGCAGUGCCACCAUCCUUGGAUGUUCGCAACACCUUGUGGAUCGGGAUGUGGCGCGCAUCCAGCGAGGCAUGGAAGCUGUUAGCUCUCAUCGCAAAGAGGAUGGUCCGGUGUCUGAUGGCUGCAGGGUAUUACCAUAUCAGCGUUCGAAGUGGUGGUGAUAUAGCAACCUCAGCAGGCGCUCGUUCACGGGUUUCCAAACAAGCAUACAUUAUUGGCAUCUUGUUCAAAGGCCGUAGAAUACAAUCCAUGGAGGUGAAUAGUGGCUAG